AUGGCCUCAACCACUGCUAUGCAGGGGUCGGCGAUCUCCCAAGACCCCUCUGCUCGUCCUGCCCCUUCUGGACUACCAGCAGAUUGUGCUCCCACGCCUUUGGAUGACUUCAUGUCGUAUCAAGAAUCACAUGGCCCGGCUCUCGGAGAGAACACCGUCGUAAGGACUGAGAAGAGACAACAUCACAUACAAGCGGUGCUCGGCAGUAUUGAACAGCUCCUUCCAAGAUACUCCAAGAUAGCUUUGAGUUUUGAUUCUAAUGACGUGUAA